UCGCGCACGCGUCCCCGAGCACCGCGCGCUCGCGAGUCUUCUCCUCGCGCGAACCGAAUCGUCGCGCUCGGAACCCGCGCCGGCGACGCGUCCGCGGCCAUGGCGUCAUCGCUCGCGUCGUCCAACGUCGCGAAUGGGGUCCUCGGUCGCCGUCACCGUCACGGCGGCGGCGUCGACGGCCUCCGCGCGAGGGCGCACGCGUCCGCGUCGUCCUCGCGCGCGCGCGCGCCCGCGCGCGUCCUCGCGCACGGGCCCGGCGGAGGGAAACAUCUCGACCCGACGGACGUCCCGAAGCGCUCGAGCGCGCCCGUCGGCGUCGCCGGCGCGGUCGCGGAAGCCCCCGAGACGCCGUCGCCGCGCGAGCGGAAGAACGUGUACACGGAGACGUACGGGUGUCAGAUGAACGUGAACGACUCCGAGGUGAUGCUCUCGGUGCUCGCCGACAACGGGUACGACACCACGGACGACGUCCACGACGCGGACGUUAUCUUAAUCAACACGUGCGCGAUACGCGAUAAGGCCGAGGCGAAGAUAUGGCAGCGGCUCGCGUACUUCAAGUCGCUCAGACGGCGGAGGAAGAAGAACGAGAAGCCCGUCGUCGGCGUCCUCGGAUGCAUGGCGGAGCGACUCAAGACGCAACUCCUCGAGGCGGAUCAACUCGCGGACCUCGUCGCGGGGCCGGACGCGUACAGGGACCUCCCGAACCUGAUCUCCGCGGUCAACUCCAGCGGCGAGAAAGCGAUGAACGUCCAGCUCAGCGUGGAGGAGACGUACGCGGACAUCGUGCCCGUGCGGAAAGAGGGCGCGCACGCGGCGUUCGUGACCAUCAUGCGAGGGUGCGACAACGCGUGCUCGUUUUGCAUCGUGCCGUACACGCGCGGACGCGAGCGGAGCCGCGACCCGGCGUCGAUCGAGUACGAGGUCCGCUUGCUCUCGGAGCAAGGCGUCAAGGAGGUGACGCUGCUGGGGCAAAACGUGAACAGCUACGCGUACGUCGCGGAGGAGGGCGCGGGCGCGGACGGUGCGACGGAUUUUCUGUCCAAGCUGACGGGGUCGAUGCAAUUCGCCGCGUUGCUCGACCGCGUCGCGAGCGUCGACCCGGAGAUGCGCGUGCGGUUCACGUCGCCGCACCCCAAAGACUUCCCGGACGAGGUGUUGGAGGUGAUUAAGAAUCGUCCGAACGUGUGCAAGUGUCUGCACAUGCCCGCGCAGAGCGGUAGCACGACGACGCUGGAGCGGAUGGCGCGCGGGUACACGCGCGAGGCGUACCUGGAUCUGAUAAAAAACGUACACGAAAAGAUCCCGGGGUGCGCAAUCACCACGGACAUCAUCACCGGCUUCUGCGCGGAGACCGAGGAAGAACACGAAGACACUGUGAGUCUGAUGAAACUCGUCAAGUACGAGCAGGCGUUCAUGUUCGCGUACUCGGAGAGAGAGGGCACCGCGGCCGCGAGGAAGAUGUCGGACGACGUCGACGACGACGUGAAGCAGCGGCGGCUCGCGGAGAUCAUCGACGCGUUUCGAUCCUCGGCGUCGGAGCGAAACGAGCGCGAGAUUGGACGCGUGCACCUGUGCCUCGUCGAGGGCGUCUCGAAGAAGAACGACAGGGAGCUCACGGGGAAGACGGACACGUCGAAGUGGGUCGUCUUCGCGGACGACGACCCCCGCCUUCUCCAUCGCGCCGCACAUGUGCGAAGGGAGGCCGGCGCGCGCGAACGCGUUCGACGGCUCCGGCGCGGCUUCUAA